GCUCCAGCACAUGUUUUCCGACCACACCACCAAGUUCCCCUCCAUCUCCUUUAUCUCCAGGUAAUCUUCUGACUGUACCACCAUUUGCUUUACUUUCUCCAGUUAAGCUUCCGACCAUACCACCAAGUCCCUCUCCACCUCAUUUACCUCCAGUUAAGCUUCCGACCACAACACCACCUGCUUUACCUCAUCUGAUCCCAUUACCUCCAGUUAAGCUUCCGACUGCACCACCAAUUGCUUUAUCUCCAAUUAAGCUUCCGACCACACCUACUAGUCCCCCUCCACCUCCUUAA